AAAGUUUUAAAAUUAAUUUGUAAGAAAACUUGAUAGAGGGUAAGAUCUUUAAGUUGUGCCAACGAGAGAAAAUGCCAUGGAUUUCUCAGCUAGUUUUCGAAGCGAGCUGCUUCCGAUCUUACUGUUAGAGGUGAUUUUCAAUGCUGUCGUUGGGUUUUGGUAGCUCAAUCUGCUGCGCCAAGUGCUCCAAAAAAAAGCAGAAAUAUUGUGGAUGCUACCAUGAAUUUCCAUGAUACCCUUGGAUUCUUGUGGGAUGAACAGAAUAGAUGCUUCUGGAAUAAUAAAGAGCAGUCGACGUGAUAAUAAAACUAAAGUUUACUUUUGGAUGUUCUAACACCACUCACAAGUUUUGGACUCUACCAGUGAGCACAUAGUUGAUGAGAAAGAAAACUUUCAUUGAGACCCCACAGACGAUUUUAUAAUGCCUCUGUCUCUUCUUCAAUGUUAUAGGAAAUUUUAUGUUUUCUGUUCUGUUUUAUAUCCCUUAUCUAUUGAUUUGGCUAUUAUAGUUUUUCAGAUCAUAGUUUUUUUUGGCUCAGCAUACUUGUACAAAUUUUCCUUCGGCACAUAAUAGGAUAUAAGUUUUUGAAAAUAAUUUUUAAUCAACAUGCUUAGAGUGGAUUUUGCUAUGUGAGCCCAUAUUACAUGACAUGAGAGGCAUAGCUGCAGAAGCUUUCUAGUUAAAAUUAUAGGGCCUAUGAGAUAUCUCGUGCUUCUUAUCAUCAUUUUGUGGCUACAGUACAAACGUAAAAAUGGUAGGUAGGGGACAUUUUUGAGGUGGGUUUAUGCAUAUUCAUUUUUUUAAAGGAGUGGGGGAUGGAAAACUGAAAAGGUGGCACCUUUUUUGCUUAAAUGCUAUUGAGGCUCUAGAUAAUAUCUUUUUCUUUUAUUCUAGUCCUGUCACAACAUGUAUUCAUUUAUAAAUAAACUCUGCACUACGUGUCGGGUUUAUCAUAUCCUUGCUGUGAUUCUUAUCAAUUUUGGUAGACUGAUAAUGAAGAAUAUCAACCCCAUCGCUGAAGAAAGGAGGGGAACACAUUAAUUCAUAUUCUCAAUCUCAUUCAGUGCACCCACAGCUUUUGCAAAGGAGGGGAUGUGACCGCAUAUUUGCAAAAAUCACUGCUAAGAUGUCAAAUGGCGCAGCAAAUAUCGACAGAGAGAGGAAUGAAGGGGACCAUGUUCUGCUAGCCUAAAGAUGGACUCAAACCUUUUGCACCGUCAAGUUGCCUACACGAAGAGGUGCCUUUUUGAGCAGGGUUAUCUUGAUCGUGAUCAAUUCACUCAGCUUGAAGAACUGCAGGAUGAUACUAACCCAAAUUUUGCUGAAGAAAUUGUGUCUUUAUUCUACAAUGAUUCAGCCAGACUCAUACGAAGCAUUGAACAAACCAUGGCCAGUAAGCCUACCGAUUUUGAAAAGCUUGACAACGACAUGCACCAGUUCAAGGGUAGUAGCUCAAGCAUUGGAGCCAAUAGGGUGACAGAUGCAUGUUCACAAUUCAGAGAAUACUGCUUGGCAGGAAAUCUUGAAGGAUGCACAAGGAGUUUCCAGCAAGUGAAACAAGAGCACGAAAUUCUGAAGAAGAAGCUUGAUACCUAUUUCCAGGUUUGAUACCUAUUUCCAGGUUUGAUACCUAUUUCCAGCUAGUUAGACAAGCUGGGAAAGGUUGAGAAGGUGGGAGGGCACCAAGGUGGAUAUAAGAUUAUGUUGAGCCUACAGCUUUCAUUUUGUCUAAAUUACACAAUCUUUUCUGAUGUAUAUAAUACUCCCUUGUAUUAAAUAUCAUAUCAUGUAUGCUCUUUCCAUUUAUAGGUCGUUAUUUUUGCAAAGGAUGAAUAAUAACAAAGAAAAAAAAUCUACAUAAAUAUAAAAUAUCUUCUUCUCAUUA